CGAGUCAUGCCAAUAUUCCCUUUCGCCACAUUUCUACCGGCGCAAGUUAGUAACAGUCUUUCUCUCCCGUUUAUGUUUGGCCUCAUAUAAUACCGGCACGGCCAUACCUUGUUUAUGUCAGAAGAGAACUCGCUCUAUCUCUCUCAUGGAAAUCUUCUCUGCAAACCCUAGAUCUUUUAAGAUAGAUAGGCGGUCUCCGCUGGCAUCGAAGCUCAAAGUCUCUGUUUCAGAAAAGCUCCUUGAAUUUCUCGGGAAUUACACGGACGACGUCCUCGCUGAAUAUAUCAUAGUGCUUGUUUGUAAUGGCAAGCAUCAGAUACAAGCAAGGGAUGAUUUGGAAGCUUUUCUUGGUGAAAGGAGUGGAGAAUUUGUAUCCUGGCUAUGGGGCGUUCUCUUAAAACAUGUCCAUCAAUCAAGUGUACCUGUUGGUUCAUCAGAUCUAAAGUGUGCUAGUAUUACGAGUAUACCUGAUGAUAAUGCUGAUAAGGAGCAUGAAAUCAGCACUGUAGAUGGCCUUCAGAAUCAUGCUACUAUCGGUGUUGAUAGACUACCAGGCAAAGAUAAGAAGUGUGAGCACAGUUCCUUGCAUGACUUAGAAGUCCCUGAAGAUCUUCAACAUUCUUGUUCAAAUGAUGCUACUGUAAAUGAGAUCAAACCAAAGGCGCAGCAGGCUCAGACAUGUUUAAUUGAAGUUCCAAAAAAAUAUGGAGCAACCAAGAAUCAAGCUUUGAAGUAUGGUUCUUCCAGAGUGAGAUGUCCUUCUGGAAAUUUACACAUUUCUAUGGAAAGCCAUUAUUCAAAGCCUUCUAUGACUGAUGCUGCUGAAACAAGGCUUUCUUCAAGGUCUGUAGAUGCUGUAUGCCGUCGGAGUGCCAGACCACGGGGUAAUGUUUGGGACAGAUUGGGCAAGCCGUGUGAAGACAAUACAAUUGUGAGGGAAGAGAAUAUUGACAUACGUGGUGUUGAUUUUGUCAAAAGAGAAACAUCAGAGCAUAGUGAGGAAGGGCAUUGCCAAGGUAGGGUGAUGCCUUUUGUGCGUGGUGGAAGACUUGGUGGAAGGGCAACAAGGAAAGGCCCUCUGCUUGAGGGUAACCACGCAAACGUGAUCUCUAACACCAGCCAUGGUGACUAUGGGAUACCAGAUGAUGGUGUUAAAAAAUAUGCUCUUCAUGAUGGAACAAACUUACAGCGGAAGAGGCAGUUUGGCGAGAUUAAUCCUGCUUCUGGAAGCAAUGCAGUUUCUUUCGUGGAAACUAAUGAGAGACAUCCUCAACACAAAGAAAAAUUCAAAGAGUUUCAAAGGCCAUCUUCUGUUUGUCAAUCACAAAUGUUAACUAAUGCUCUUACUGAAACUAGGAAGCCAGACAGCCUGGAAAAAUAUCAUGCACCUGUAUCUGACACUGCACUAGAUCCAAGGGCCAAUAAAAUAUCUCAAGCAAAGCUGACUAGGGAGGGUUUGGAGGGCAUUACUCAGACUCUGGCUUCAGUUAAUUGUUUGUUGGCUUCUAAAUCAGUACCUGCCAAUAAUGAAAACAGUGUGAAUGCCAAUACCCAUCCCAUGCAAGCUGAAAUAUUAGAUGUGAAACUAAGAUUGCGUGAAAUUGAGGUGGAAAUGUCUAAGCUUCGACAAAUGCACGUGGACGUGAAAAAUGAUGGCAACCUCAAUUUAUCAAUGAGUUCUGGUGGAUCAAAUCAUCCUGAGGAAGAUAUUGAAUCAAGAACUGUUUUUGUGACAAAUGUGCAUUUCGCAGCAACAAAAGAAGCUUUGUCAAUGCAUUUUUCCAAGUGUGGUGUGGUUAUCAAAGUUGUCAUAUUGGUUGACAGAGCGACUGGCCAACCAAAAGGGUCUGCCUACAUUAGUUUUGCUGACAAGGAGUCUGUCGAUAGAGCAUUGGCAUUGAGUGGGACCUCAUUUUUGUCCAGGAGUCUAAAGAUUGUGAGAAAGACAGAUAUGCCUACGUUGCCAUCAGUACCAUCACAGAUAUCUGGAAUGCCUUCACAGACAUGGUUCCCUCAGAACAGAAAGGGCAUGUUCCAUAGACCAUAUCCCAGCUCCCAUUUGCAUUGGCAGCGGGACCUGCAAGCAAACGUGGAAGGUUCAAUCUCUAUCAGAGGGGGUGCCUCCGAAGCACCAGGAGCUGUUAAAGAGCAAUUCGCUACAGAUUCUUCCUCCCAGCCGUGUACUCAUUCUCUUGUCACAUGACUACAUGACAAUGCCGGGCCACACAAACAAUCGCUUAAUGUUUCUGGCUUUUGAUUUAUGGGACACGACAAUUGGAGUUUUAAUCUUGCUUAAAUUCCCCCUAGUUCCAUUGGCAUCACUUCUCGUAUUCUCUCACGCGCAGUGUUUGUUGCUUUGGAUGUAUUAAUACUUAAUAUCUAUAAUCCCCUUUUGGAUCGAUAUAUUUGUAAAAAGUGAGGCAGUCUUGUUGCAGCAUUUAGGAAAAAACAGUGUACAUGUAUCAGCUUAAUGUUCUCUGAACUAUGCUGCAGUACUGAUUUGUCGUUAUGAUGAUAAACUUCAUGUGACUCAUUUUUUGGGAAAUCAACCUGAGCCACUUUGUUAACGUA